AUGGAGGUCCUCGAUGAUGGAUGUUUUGCGAUUGUUGGUGGUGGGGGCCGAAUGAAGAGCGGAAUCCCAAACGCAUGUGAAGUGUUAUCCUUAGAUGAGCAAACUCAUUCCUUGGAACAACGUGCUUCUGUAUCCCUAGAUGACGCCCCUGUCUCUGUAGCCUCACAUGGACGCAUUCUUAUCACUGCUAUGGGCACUGGUUGCAAGAAUCUUAUCCGGAAACAGCCAGAGACGUUGGUGCCGCUAUCGAGUUUUCAUCACGAUGUUCAGGUUUCGGCCGCCGACGAACAGGUAGCUGUUACAGUGGCUCCAAGUGGUUCUCGUUUAGCUGUUGCAUCUGAUGAUGGCCACCUCACUAUUAUACAACUCCCACAUUAUGAUUUGUUGACUUCCAAGCAACUGCAUUCGCAAGGCAUUACAGACUUAUCCAUAAGCUUCGAUGGCGCGCUUCUAGCGACAACCGCACGAGAUCGUGCUGCUUAUGUGUGUAAGACAGACUCUAUUGAGAUCGUGCAAAGAAUUCGACCUGUUAUGCCAGAGGCUACGCGCACACAUGUCCGCGCUAUCCGUUUUGCGCCAAAAGAUCCUUCUGUGCUCUUCACUGUUGAGAGCAAUCCGCGGAAGGGUGGAUGGGUUGCCGUCUGGCGCUCAAGAAAUCAGGAUGGAGGAAACUGGAGCCCAGUGUCAUGUUUGAAAGCGUCGAGAGAUGCGGUGACGGCAUUUGCGGUAGACUCGAGCGCUGAGUUCUUGGCACUGAGUUCCUCUGAGGGUCACGUAUCGGUCUUCAAAUGGAAUGCCACAUCUUUGUCGCGGUUGUGGAGCACGGAAGCGAAUAUGCUAAGUUGGGGGCCGGGAACGCCUCCGCACGUGCUACCCGUCACCGCUCUGGCCUUCACGAAAUCUUCUGAACACCUACUCACAGCUUCUGCUGACUACACUGUCGCUGUGUGGUCUACACGGAGAAAACGCAACUGGAGAAUACCACGUCGCGUUCUUCUUUGGUUUGUCGGCGUAGUUGUACUCAUGUUUGCCAUGCUUCUCGUUGAGGAUGAGCAAUUGAAUCUCGUCCUGCGAGAGACGCGAAGUCGCAUUACGCCCCGCCUUGAACCAUUUGCAUCAGAGCUUCAAACCCGCAUGAGGCCUCUCGUACAUAAGGGUUCGGAGUCUCUACGCCCGUUCGUGCGACAAGUCCAGAAAUCAUCAUGUUCAAGCCUUUCGUUACUCCGCGGCAAAGCCAAACCAAUUACAAAACGUUGGGAAGAAUUCCAGGGGGUCUGGCGAGCAUUGACGGAGAGAGCUCGGGACAGUUUCGAUGGUAAGUUUAAGCGCGGCGCGAGGCCUUUGGGGGGCUCAAAAGCUAUCAUGACAGUCUUAGGAAGCCACUCCGCUGAAAUGCUGCAGAUUUCAAAAGAAGAACAGGCUGUAUGUACUAUGGAUGACUUGAGGGCGACGCCAGAAUCUAAUCAUGAGAAUCUAGAGUCACAGACUAGAAGUUGACCAAAUGACAUAACAUAAGAUAAAUGCAUUGAAGACAUAGUGGGGAA